UGUGUUAAUACAGAGAAAAACGACCGAAAGCAUACAAAUAUGAGAUAUGCUUUACUAAAAAAAAAAAAAAAAAAAAUCACCAUUUCUUCUUUCUUCUCCAUCUGAAGUUUGUUGCCUGAGUCCCCUCGCUGGCUGAUCUUCAAGGGACGUCAUGCCGAGGCUCUCAGUAUACUCAAGACAGCUGCCAGAGUUAACAAGAAGAGUCUGCCAUCGGAGGAGGUGCUUUUUGCUGCAAUGAGGAACAUCAUGCAAAAGGAAGGAAACCCAGUAAAGGAAGAAAGUGGAGGUGCACUCACUGCAGGUUUCUGUCACUACAUCAGGACAGCAUGGAAGUACUCCAUACUGGUGUUCACAACCCGAGGAGUGAGGUUGAGGGCUCUGGUCCUGUACUACAUUUGGGUUGUCACUACUGCUCCUUACUAUUCACUCAGCCACUUCUCCAGCAUCAUUAAUACAAACGAAUAUGUGUACAGCUUCCUGUCUGCGGCUGUGGAGGUGCCUGCCUACCUUGGUCUGUGGCCUGCCAUCACCUACCUUGGCAGAAGAGUGACUCUCGCAAUGCUUUUACUGCUCACUGGAACUUGCGUCUCUGUUGUGACACUUUUCUUGAUACUCCAGGAUGAAGUUAUGUAG